UCUUCGUAUAUUUCGAUCGUAAUCAGAUUUAUCAGAAUGUCGACCAAAAUCGCGCUCGACUCGCCGUUGGCAAACGUCACCUCCGAGAUCGAGGAACGCCAAUGCAAUUUGCUUGGCCGUCAUCGGGAGCUGAAGAACAAAGUCGCCACAAUGGAACGUUCCAUUCCGGCUCUGAUGGCUUAUAACAUGUUAAUGGCCGAACAAGAUUGUCGCGAUACACCAUAUGAUAAAAUACGAGAAAUCAUGAACAAGUUCUCGCCGCAGCCAGAUCCUGCCGACAGACUCUUCGCCGAAUUGAGGAACACGGUCGACAAUCUUCAUCAGGAAACGGCACAGUUGCAUGACAAGAUCAUAGAUGCGGAUGUGAAACUGGAGGAAACUGGCAUGGAACUGGAAUCCUUGGAAUUGGCUAACAAGGAGAUGGAGGAGAAAUUGACAGGAUUACGAAAUGAGAUACGGAGACGCCGUACACCCAGCCUACAUUCCAUCCACUCUGAAGAUCUGCUGUGUCUGAAGAAGAUUCGUCAGCUCGCUGAACAAGAACUGAAGCUGAAGAAUUGCAUCGGAGAACUGGAAAGCAAAGAAAUCAUGUACAGGCGACAAAUGGGCAAGUUGCUGUCUUGCAAGAAAUUUCAACGCGAUAGCGGAAAAAUGACGGAACGCGCGCAGGAGUCGAAAGAAAAUGACAGGAAGUUAUUCAGUUCGCUGCAAGAUUAUACACGUAACAAAUACAUAACGAAGAAAAAAUCUAAUCUUGAAGAUAAAAAACGAAAGACUUGUUGCUCGUGUGCAGUGUUAUCGUCUUACGAAGAGACGUCGAAAGGACCAUUUAAAGCAUGCUGCGUCUCACUGGAUCAUCGCAUGUUGCGCUCGGCUACAGACAAAUCGCGAAAUUGCGAGAUUUGUUGCCAACAGAUCUCUUCCACUGUAUUCAAAUCUAAUCAUCCAUGUUUGGAGGAACCUCCAUGCGACUCUCUGUCUAGCAUUGACUCGAAAACAGAAAUAUUUUUAGGUGUACCACGACUGCUCAAACAAUCACCUCAACCUUGUGAUCCCAGUGAAACGUGCAACAAAUGCAUGACUUCCGCCGCGUGCAAGCAAAUUAAUACUUGCAAGUAUGUUUGCGAAGAGAAGUACGGGUGUAAAUCAUCACUGUGUGAUUGCAGCGUUGAACCGUUGGACGAGAUUUAUCAAUCAAUGCCUUCCGAGCUACUGCAUUCAGAAAUAGAUAACAGCAACAGCGACGACGAGGAAUUUUGCGAGUGUUGCUCCUGUGAAACCAGCGACAGUUGAUCGUAGUAACAGAAUUAAUAUUCAAACAAAUUUAUCAGUCAGUGAAGUUGAUUUGCUUUAAUUAUUUUAUACGGUGCAAAAAGUCCUUUAUUUAACACACGUACAUAAAUUUUAUAAAAAAAUUGAUACUUGGAAAAUGGUAACGAUAAUUUGCUUAUAAGUAAAUUUAACGUUUAUAAAAUAAUAUAUUAUAUAGUGAUAUAUAUAUAU